UGAGGAUUCAUAUAGCUGACCCCAACUAAGGCGUAAUUAUUGUUGUUUGGAAAAUUGUAUAUGAUGGAUCCACCGGCAGCUAGGCCAGUGGCGCCACGGAAAAAGAUGACAAAACAAUUAACAGGGAAAAGGGAUGACAGUUCCUUGCAUGCAGCAGCUAGAUCUGGAAAUCUCGUCGCGAUAAGAGAGAUUCUUGAUGAGACAGGGGAGGAAGAUUUGGCAGAGAUGAUGAUUAAGCAAAAUUCAGCUGGAGAGACUGCAUUGUAUGUUGCAGCAGAAUAUGGUUAUUAUCAGUUGGUUAGGGAUAUGAUCCAUUACUAUGAUCUCGUAGCUGCCGGAAUCAAAGCGAGGAAUGGUUACGAUGCCUUGCACAUUGCUGCCAAACAAGGAGAUUUAGAUAUGGUAAAGGUACUAAUGGAAGCACAUCCAGAGCUCUCAAUGACAGUUGAUAUUUCAAAUACUACAGCUUUGCAUACAGCUGCAAACCAAGGGCAUAUAGAGGUGGUGAAUUAUCUACUUGAGGCAGAGAGUAGUUUGGCCACCAUAGCUAAAAGUAACGGUAAAACAGCGUUGCACUCUGCAGCAAGAAAUGGACAUUUACAGGUUCUCAAGGCACUUUUGAAUAAAGAACCAGGAAUUGCAACUCGGAUGGAUAAAAAGGGGCAAACUGCACUUCAUAUGGCUGUCAAAGGACAAAAUCUUGAAGUUGUGGAGGAGCUGACUAGAGCUGAUCCUUCAUUGAUAAAUAUGGUUGACAAUAAGGGAAAUACCGCCUUGCAUAUUGCUGCUCGGAAAGGCAGAGAUCAGAUUGUGAAGUUGCUGCUUGCGCAAAAUGAAACUGACACUAGAGUCGUCAAUAGGUCUAACGAGUCAGCCCUUGACACUGCAGAGAAACUGGGACAGUCUGAAUUAGUAACUGUCUUGCAGGAACACGGGGUUCAAAGUGCUAGAUCCAUCAAGCCACAGACAACAAAUCCAGCAAGAGAGUUGAAGAAAACUGUAAGUGACAUAAAGCACGGGGUGCACUAUCAAUUGGAGACUACGGCCCUAACAAGAAGACGUAUACAAGACAUUGCCAAACGUGUGUACAAAAUGCACGCGCAAGGUCUUAACAACGCAAUUAAUUCUACCACGGUUGUUGCUGUGCUGAUUGCCACGGUUGCCUUUGGAGGAAUCUUUCAAAUCAAUGGCCAAUGGGUUGAUGAUCCAGACGAUAUCCCAGCUGAUCAUAGCCUUGGAGAAGCAAAUAUUGGUCCGAAUCCAGCAUUUGUAGUUUUCUUCAUCUUCGACUCACUAUCCUUAUUUAUAGCUCUUGCUGUGGUGGUUGUCCAAACAACGAUCGUGGUAAUAGAAAGCAGAGCCAAGAAGAAAAUGAUGUCAAUUAUAAACAAGCUAAUGUGGGUGGCAUGCUUGUUCAUUUCAAUUGCUUACUUGUCCCUAUCGUAUAUUGUUGUUGGCGAUGCCAAUUUGUGGAUGCCUGUAUUAAUUUCCUUUAUAGGGGCAAUCAUAAUGGCUACGACGUUGGGAACGUUGUGUUACUGGAUCGUUAUGAACAGGAUAAGCUCAUCAAACAAGAGAAGCCUCCGAAAGAACUCUAUGGCCAACAGGUCGCGGUCGUGGUCAGCAUCAGUCCUCUCAGAUUCAGAUGCUCUAAACAAUGAAUACAAGAAAAUAUAUGCUAUAUAGAAACUUUGGCCCCAAAUUGUAUUUUUUUGUUUUC